CCUCCUUAUUUUGAUGGUUCAAAUUAUGCAUAUUGGAAAGCUAGAAUGAAAAUUUAUUUGCAAUCUAUUGACUAUAAUUUGUGGUUAAUUGUUGCUAAAGGUCCUUAUGUACCCAUGAAAAAUGUUGAUAAUGUUGAUACGCCUAAAUUAGAAGAAGAGUAUGAUGAAAAUGAAAUGAAAAAGUGUUCAUUUAAUGCUAAGGCUAUUAAUUGUUUGUAUUGUGCCUUGAGUAAAGAUGAAUUUAAUAGAAUAUCCAUGUGUUCUUCCGCUCAAGAAAUUUGGAAUACUCUUGAAAUUACUCAUGAAGGAACAAAUCAAGUUAAAGAGUCUAAAAUUAGCAUGUUUGUUCAUAAUUAUGAAUUGUUUAAGAUGGAUGCUAAUGAGACUAUCACCGAUAUGUUUACUAGAUUUACUAACAUCAUAAAUGCUUUGAAGGGUCUUGGUAAAGUUUAUACAACUUCCGAAAAUGUUAGAAAAAUUCUAAGGUCUCUACCUAAGACUUGGGAAGCUAAGGUAACGGCGAUUCAAGAAGCAAAGGAUCUCACCAAACUUCCACUAGAGGAGCUUAUUGGCUCACUCAUGACUCAUGAGAUCAUCAUGAAGGAGCACUUGGAGGAUGAGUCCAAAAAGAAGAAGAGCAUUGCAUUAAAGACUAUCUCCUUGGAAGUUGAUCCCGAAGACGAGGAUGGCCUUGAUGAAGAUGACAUUGCUUAUUUCUCACGUAAGUACAAAAAUUUCAUAAAAAGAAAAAAAAUAUUUCAAGAAACACCUAUCAACCCAAAAAGAGUCAAAAGGUGA